UAAAAUUGCGCCAAAACGAAUCAACGCAAAGACUUUGGUGUGGCACAGAGAAAAAUCAACCCAAUUUAAAUAGCUGACGAAGGAGAAUUUCUGAACUAAAACGCCUCGCUUGACUCUACACAAGUCCACAACGCUAUGGUCAACAAAGAAAAUGCAAUUAGUUGUUGCCAGCAGGUGAAGUGGAUCGGCAGCCACGACCCCAACAAGUUUGUGAAAAAUCUAAAACACAAAAACGUGUACUUCUACGAAAAGUGCAUUUACGGCCCAUUGACACUAACAGUGGGCGACUACAUAUUGGUGUCGAACGCGGAUGCGGGAGAGCCAGAUACGGUUGAUGGUUGCGAUGUCGCCAAGAUCCUUCAUCUGUAUGAGCUUCGCGAAAUGACCCACAAGGAGCCCUGUCGCGCAAUAGUCCAGUGGUACUCACGCCCCAGCUCCAUUCCGCAUAAGGAGUUUGAUUCAGACGACAUUGCCAUUGACUUUGGCGUGGAAGUGAUCGAAGAGCAUCGUCCCUACGACAACGACGUGGCCUUGGGGGCCAUCUACCGAAAGUGUCUGGUACUGGAAAGCACAGCACAACGCUCUGCCGAGCAGAUAUUGCAAAGCGCUUCAAGAAAAGUGAAAUCCUCUGGCUGCCCCAUGUUUGUGAGCCGAUACAAGUUCAUCAAGGUAAAGAAGCUUUAUCGUCUGAUACCCCUGGAGAUCCAGCUGGACGAGCCCGAUGACAAGUCAUCAUCCCGAUCCCGGAAAUCACUGUCCUCUGGCCACAAUGAAACCAAAAAGGGAUCAGCAUCAGAGCGAAAGCCCAAGGUGCUUUCUGUUGCUGGCGCAGCAGCUACCACGGAGAAGCGCAGGCGGGCCUCUGUGAACGCGGCCAGCUCGCUGGAGUUUGUUAAUGUCAAUUACUUCAGCUGCGAGAACAAAGUGUCGCCCAUCAAGAUAGUCGGGGGCCGCAGCGUGGUGCGGCUUUCGGAGAAGAAGAAUACCACUGCCACUGAGGCAGAGAUUAAUGCCAACUAUCUGACGGCUUCCCCGCUGACCGAAAAGAACGCCAAGGUGGAGACGCCCAAGUCCCGGGUGUCGGCUGCACGCCGCAACCUGAACCUGAGUCUGGACAGAGGCGCUGACAGCACCGCGGACUCGGACUGCCUAAACUAUUCAAUAGUGCAGCAGACGCCUGACCCGGGGACACCCUCGAAUGAUAUGAAAAUCAAGCUGCGCAUCUCGGAGCGAAGGAAGUCUGUGCGCCUAGCAUCCAUAGAUCACGAUCCCCUCUCCGUUGACUCUGACGCCAAAGACUGCCCAGCUACACAAGGACGCAAGCGACUUGGUGUAAGUAAUGGGGACAUUUAUCACACCCCCACCAAGAAGGCGAGGGAUCCGCUGGACACCAAUGCCGGGGCUCAACUGACUCCCACGACACGCCGGAAGAGCAUCCUCAAGUCAGCCACCAGUCGAUUGGCUGAGGGAACACCCAGACGAAGCAUACAACUAUCCAACAUUGUGGAGCAGCGAGUGUUCAAAGACGACGAAAUAAUAUCCACCCCCAAAAGAGGCAACAAAAAGAAGUCCACUGAGGACGCUGACGCGGACUAUUCGCCUAGGAAAUCAGUUCAGAAAACGCCAACACGACCCCGUCGUAUUAGCGCCUCUACCAAGUCAACGGCGACACCAACUCAUGGCACCGUUGCAGCUGCAGCUGCAGCUUCAGCUGCACCGAUGACUCCUUCGCAAAAGCUGAAGAAGAUCCGCUCCGGUGAACUGAGUCCCAGCAUGCAGCAGCGUUCGGGCAAGCCCGUGGAUGACUUGCUCAAGUCCAAGCUGCAGCUGGCACGCGAGCAGCUGCACGUCUCCGUUGUGCCCAAGAGCCUGCCGUGUCGCGAAAAGGAGUUCGAAAAUAUCUACAGCUUCCUGGAGGGCAAGAUUCAGGACCAGUGCGGUGGCUGCAUGUAUGUUUCUGGGGUCCCCGGCACUGGCAAGACUGCCACCGUCACAGGCGUCAUUCGCACUCUGCAGCGACUGGUGGCCCAGGACAAGCUGCCUGGCUUCGACUUCCUUGAGAUUAACGGAAUGCGCCUGACCGAGCCCCGACAGGCCUAUGUCCAGAUAUACAAGCAGCUAACGGGCAAGACUGUGUCCUGGGAGCACGCCCACACACUGCUGGAGAAGCGAUUCACCACGCCUGCUCACAGGCGCGUUACCACAGUUUUGCUGGUCGAUGAGCUGGACAUUCUGUGCAACAGGCGCCAAGAUGUCGUCUACAAUCUGCUUGAUUGGCCCACCAAGUCGGCUGCCAGACUGGUCGUAGUCACAAUAGCCAACACAAUGGACCUCCCCGAACGUCUGCUAAUGGGCAAAGUAACUUCACGGCUCGGGCUGACGCGCCUCACCUUCCAGCCAUAUACGCACAAGCAGCUGCAGGAAAUAGUCACCGCCCGAUUGGGCGGGUCGGAGGCGUUCAAGGGUGAGGCUGUCCAGCUGGUGGCACGCAAGGUGGCCGCAGUGUCGGGUGAUGCCCGUCGUGCGCUGGACAUAUGCCGUCGGGCCACGGAAAUAGCCGACACCGCGCUGGACAAGUGUGUGACAAUGCUGCACGUGCAGCAGGCGCUGGGAGAGAUGAUAGCCAGCGCCAAGGUGCAGGCCAUUAAGAACUGCUCGCGCCUGGAGCAGAUCUUCCUGCAAGCUGUGGCAGCCGAGGUCACGCGUACUGGCGUCGAGGAAUCCACCUUCAUGGGUGUGUACACCCAGGUGGAGACAAUUGCAGCGUUCAUGGGCGUCUCCCUGCCACCGCCAGGACGAGCCCUGCGGCUCUGCGCCAAGCUGGGGGCCGAGCGGCUCAUCAUCAGCGAGCACUCCCGCAACGAUCUCUUUCAGAAAAUUCUUCUCAACGUCAGCACGGACGAUAUCCACUAUGCCCUCCGCGUGGGAGAGGUUGGGUCAGUCAAUUGAUCCAUCUAUUAAUCUGUAUAAUUUUUAACCACAUAGACAAUUUUAUAGCUCAUUAUCGAUCCACAUCCCCAUCCACGUUGUGCUGUUCCCAGGUUAAGCGUUUUUAAACUUUUAAAUGUAAUUAAUAUUUAAGCGUCGCGUUUAAACAAUUUAAAGUACAAAGUCGUUAUUACAAAUACAAAAUAGAACAC